UAGAUUUACACAGUUGGAGGAAAAGCACCGUGGCUGAAAACUUGGAAAAAUGGGGAAAGUAGCAGGCGUUAAGACUUUAUCCGCGCAUCCGCUGGCGAGAUAAGGAACCACAGAGAUGUAUCUGCAUGUUUCACCCACGGAGCGGAUUUCACGCUGACAAUAAUGUCGAAGGAGGAAAAAACGCAGAUUUCCUCGCAAUUCCAUUGAAAGUAACUUUACUCAUGGAGAGAGGAGCAAGUCAGGAGUCAUGAGCACAGGUGUAAAGAAGCCUCCAUUAGCUCCCAAACCUAAACUCCCCGUCACUACCAAACCUUCACCCCCACCCGUCGCUCCCAAACCGGGACUCAUUUGUCAGCCUUUGGCGGCCUCCCAGCCCUCCCCUUCCACUCUGAAGAGGGCAAAACCGGCUGUUGCCCCCAAACCAUGCAUCCCCAAAUACUCUGUUGCCUCUUCUCCCCCGGUUUCACCCCCGCCGCCACCCAAGCCUGCUGAACUGCUUAUUCCAUCUCAGGAACAGCAGGAGGCUUUUGAUGAUGGCCUCAAUCUUCUCAACUCCAAAAACGGGAUAUUAUCUGAGGCUACCAGACGUGAAUCGGAUUACAUCAUUCCCACCUGCUCCUGUGGGCUCCGGGACUGUGCACAGUGUCAGCCCCUGGAAAAUGGGAGCACAUCUGAGGCUGGGGGACAUUCACACAAAGAGCUGUUAGAAAAUGGCGUUUCCAAAGAGGGGUUCGUGGGGUCAAAGCCACGAAAGGGUGGAGAAAAUCAAGAGGAAGAUAAGGGUGAAAGUGUGCAGAUUAGCAAAAAGCCCAGGGGUAAACCUCAGAGACAGAAACACCUUGAUAGGGGACCGGUAAGCAAGGAGGUACAGAGGACUAAGGAGCAGGAAGUAACUUUAAAAAAUCAGGAAAGCCCUGCUGCUGAGCUCGAUGUCUCUAAAGUAUCGACGGAGGCCCAAAACACACACUUGAAGUCAGCCUGUGAUGUCAUAGGUGGCAUCAUUGUCUUCUCAAGCAUCUCUCCUCUUGAAUCGCCUACAGAGUACUCUGAAAGCAGCAACACUGUCAGCAGAGUGUCUCCUACCCGGUCACACCCUGAUCUGCAGGUCCCCGCUGCUCCUAGCAAGCCUCUCCCAGUCCCUCAGCCUCGUAAACUUAAAAAGCCGGUCUUGGUGAGGCAGGAUGGUCUGGAGGGUGGUGCUCAGGAGCAGUUUGUGGAGGAGCAGAAACAAAGGACUGAGAUGAAGGAAGCUGAGGGGAAACUAGCUGCUCUGUCUCUCAGUACAGAGAGCGAGGAGCUCAAACCGGACGCGUGUGAUGACAGUUCACCCCCAAAAGACUCAGGUUUAGGAGACGAUGAGGCUGACGCGCCUGUCCCGCCUCCUCGGCAAACCUCUCUGUCACCUCAUCUCCACAGGUCAGUCCGCAUAAACCCCAAUCUUAACAAAAACAACUCCCACUCCUUAGACCUUCUCUCACAGCCCGACUCUGUGAGCCACAGUAAAGAGGGCGAGGCGCGCCGGGCCGAGGAAGAUGAGGAGGAUGGGUACGGCGACUUUGAGCGGUACCCCAUCAGUCAUAGCCUCCCUAAACAGAUCAAACUCAGCUGUCACCCUCCUCUGGCGAACGACAGGAAAGCCUUCUCCGCUGAGGAGGAACAGUCGCCGAGGGCACCACCAAGAAAACCGCAGAGACACAGCCUGCCCGCACCUCCUCCACCCUCCAUCUGCCCUCCUGCACCUCCACAUGCUAACACCCCAAUGAGGGAGCUGCCCGCUCCUCCUCAGGAGAAAACAAGCUGGCGCUUCUCGCGACCCUACGUGACCUUCUUCAGCCGACAGAUCCCCACCAGGAGCAGCGUGCCGCCUAAGAGUCGAGCCCCGGUGCUGGGGGGCAAGCAGAGGGCGCAGUCUUUCUCUGCAGCUGACCUGGCAACCCGGGCCAACUCUCCAAAGAGGAGCCUCUCUUUCCGGAAGCUGCUGGAACUCCGGCUGUCAGUGAAGAUGCUGCCAAAGCUGCUUGCCAAGGGAGGGCAGUCCCUGGACUGCACCAGCGUCGAGUCAAACCGGGGGAAGAGGAGCCUGGAGAGGCCCAGUAGCUGCGGAGGGGAGGCUGAUAUUUGCGGAGAAGGCAUAGAAGGCUCGGUGGAGUAUGAGAACGUCCCGCUCUAUGAGGAAAUCCCGGAAUACAUGAAUCUGCCGUUUCACAGUGCCAGGCUGGGCUGGCCUCAUGACCCAGAUGCAGCUGAUGCAGACAUCUACGAGGUGCAGGAUCCAUACCACAGAUGUCAGGAACAUGAGUAUGAGAGCGGCUGCCUCAUCCAGGACGUCCACUCUGAGGAGGAGGAGAUCCACAGCUCAGAUGACGAGGACAACAGCUCCACCUCUAGCAAGGAGCACUUGGACGAGGCAGACAGACAGCAAGAGGACGAGAUGAAGAGGAAGAAGGUGGUGCACAUUGCCCAGGAGAUCAUGAGCUCGGAGAAAGUGUUUGUGGAUGUCCUGAAGCUUCUGCACAUAGAUUUUCGGGAUGCCGUUGCCAAGGCAACCCGUCAGAAUGGGAAGCCGGUGGUAGAUGAGCGGAUCCUCUGUCAGAUCCUGUACUACCUGCCUCAGCUGUACCAGCUCAACAAAGACCUGCUGAGAGAGCUGGAGGAGAGAGUGGCACACUGGAGCGACCAUCAGAGGCUGUCAGACAUUUUCGUACAGAAAGGUCCUUACCUGAAGAUGUACUCCACCUACAUCCGCCAGUUUGACAACAACGUGGCUCUGCUGGACGAGCAGUGCAGGAAGAACCCCGCGUUUGCAGCCGUUGUCCGAGAGUUUGAGAUGAGCCCAAGGUGUGCCAGCUUGGCUCUGAAACACUACCUGCUGAAACCAGUGCAGAGGAUCCCUCAGUACCAGCUGUUGCUCACAGAUUACCUGAAGAACCUUCCAGAGGACUCUGAAGAUUACAAAGACACACAAGCCGCCCUCAGUAUCGUGAAGGAGGUGGCCAACCAUGCGAAUGACAUCAUGAAGCAAGGGGAUAACUUUCAGAAGCUGAUGCAGAUUCAGUACAGCCUCACUGGGCACCAUGAGAUCGUUCAGCCGGGCAGGGUGUUUCUGAAGGAGGGCACGCUGAUGAAGCUGUCCAGGAAAGUCAUGCAGCCACGGAUGUUCUUCCUGUUUAAUGAUGCGCUCAUGUACACCACUCCAGUCCAGUCUGCCCAGUAUAAACUCAACAGUGUCCUUUCUCUGGCUGGGAUGAAGGUGAGUAAGCCCAGCCAGGAGGCCUAUCAGAACGAGCUGAACAUCGAGAGCGUUGAACGCUCUUUCAUCCUGUCAGCGAGCUCAGCUACCGAGAAAGAUGAGUGGCUCGAGGCCAUCGCCAAGGCCAUAGACGACUACACAAAGAAGAAAAUCACCUUCAUAUCGAGCCGAAGUCAGGAGGAGUCCGAGGGGGUCGUUGAUAGCGGUGCCCCGUUAGGCUCAAAGGCUCCCAUCUGGAUCCCAGACCUGAGGGCCACCAUGUGUAUGAUCUGCACCUGCGAGUUCACCCUCACUUGGAGGAGGCACCAUUGUCGCGCCUGUGGAAAGGUGGUGUGCCAGGCGUGCUCUGCCAACAAAUACUACCUGGAGUACUUAAAGAACCAACCAGCUCGUGUGUGUGAUCACUGCUUUGCAAAGCUACAGGAGAACAGUGACCGCUGUGCUUCAACAUCAAUUUCUCCCAUCAAAUCUGGAGCUUUCUCCUUCACCAGGAAACAGAAGAAGAUUCCUGCUGCACUGAAAGAGGUGUCUGCCAACACUGAGAAUUCCUCCAUGAGUGGCUACCUAAACAGGUCAAAAGGCAACAAGAAGCAGUGGAAGAGGCUGUGGUUUGUCAUUAAGAAUAAAGUCCUGUACACCUACGCUGCCAGCGAGAAAGUGACACUUAGAUGGAUCGAAGCCUUCCAGGAGGCAAUGAUUCUCGAGCAGUAA